AUGAGGAGGCUGGAAGAGGUGAAGGGGAUGGCUGACCGGAUCAUUGACAUGCGCAACCAGCUGGUGGCCAACCUCAAGAAAGAAGGCUCCUCCCACAACUGGCAACACAUCACCGACCAGAUCGGCAUGUUCUGUUACACGGGGCUGAAACCUGAGCAGGUGGAGCAACUAACCAAAGAGUUCUCCAUAUACAUGACAAAAGAUGGCCGGAUUUCUGUGGCAGGGGUCACAUCUGGUAACGUGGGUUACCUAGCUCAUGCAAUACACCAAGUCAGCAAGUAAACACGGUGGAGCAGACGGCCUUCCCUUCAACGGUCUUUGGACUUUCUGAAUCAAGAGGAAGGGGAAGUGCAUUUGGGGGGUUGGGGCAAGCAGAAUAUUUACUUUCAACCACAGCACUUGACUCUGUCAUUUAAUGUAUUUCGUGUACAAGGCCGCAACUAGCGGCAUCAAGACAUCGUAGCCAAAGCCACCUGCCCUCUCCGACAGGGAUGUGUCUGCUUCCUGCUGCUCUCUUCAGAAGCAGCUUCUCGCGUUAUGCACCCUCUCCCCGACACAGGCACCCGUCAGGCUUUAAACGUCUUGGCAGAACUACUGCAUGUAGAAUGAUAGAACGCUGACCAAGAGCACUGGGCGCUGAGUG